CCUUUACCACGAGCAGAGAAUACUGAGACACGCGCACUCAAUCCCUCCUCACCCCAGGGACAGCAAGGGCGAGGUGUGCAGGUCGUGUGUGUGAGUCGUGUGUGCGGGUCGUGUCUGCGUCUGGCAAGCACCUCGACCCGCGCUGGUAAUGCUUGACCGGACCAGGAACACACCGCACCUUGUCCCGCGUCGAAGGUCACAACACCACACCAAGCCGCCAGUCAAGUGCACAGCUGUUAUCGUGAGUUUGGAGACGAGUACGCAGAACAGGGCCGCCUCUGAGGAGCAUCGAGCGGGGAAGGAGGGAGGGGAGAGCGGCCAGCAAGUGAGCCUCAGCCACGGAGCACCCCACCACGCCACCGGAGAGGAAAGGCGGUGUGAGUUACCUGACCAGCGACGAACUUCAUCCAUCUCCUGACUGGCUGGCGUGACGGCCCCAGCCAGCCUGUUCGUGCAUGAGUGAGGGGUGCCAAUCUGUACAUAUAUGAGGUACAUCCGACAGUCUGUACACACUAUGACUGAAGGAAGACUGCUUAUGAUGUACUCGUAACGCGGCGUGGUAUUUGCCCGCGAGCGGUGCAGUGCUGUGAUUUGUCCCGCCAGCGGUGGUGUAAUCUUGUGGUUUCCUUUCUUUACUGUACGAGUACAGUGUAUUCCAUCAGUGGCUGUUGAGUCUUUAUACAUCAAGUGCUGACCUGCCGUAAUAAGGAAUGCAGUCACCUUACUCGAGCAGGAGCGCCGCGCCUUGCUCGAGUGUGAUUGCAUCUGUGGUGACUGACGGAACUGAAUGAAUGUGCAUCAAGUGUGGACUCGAGGUGAAUACUUGCGUGUGGACCUUGGGGGAGAAUGCCUACUAUGUGUGUGUGACUCAUUAACAAGGCAGCACCAGUGUGAACGAAUUAAUUGGAGCACGGAAAGAAUGCUAUAAUCAAAUAAAUAAUAAACAAUGAUGAAAUGCAACUAAUACACAUAUAAACAAUUGAUGGAUGGAUUGAAGGAACACAGUACACAAGACAAUGAUGGAUUGAAGCAAACAACACCAGUAGCCACAUCACCCACAGGGUAGUAGGGAUGGCACACACGUGGGAAGCAGCAGCAACGUGGCGACGCGCGUCUCACGCCUGGGGCUCCAGGCACGCAGCAGGUGCGUUCAUUUCCCGCAGUAAAUGCCACACCCACUCUCCCAGGCCGAAGGUGCACGAGAGAAUCGAUCGCAUUGAAUCCAGACUGAAUUCAUUAAUGGAACAAUUGAAAUGCAUUUUACCAGACCAGCAUCGAUUGACCCCAGUCAACCGCAAAGAGGAGCGAGUACCGCUCAGCCACGACCUGGCCCGCCGCACUGCGCCACGGAGGACUAAGAGAAGGGGAACUGAGGCCGUGCUGGAAGAAACCAGGAAUCAUUUACUCCCUGGAAGAAACCAGGGAGUAAAUGAUCGCGUUGAGGAAAUGGCCACCGACCUCAUGACCGGACCAAAGCUGAGCGGAGAGCACAUCAAGGCGCUACAGUCUUUACUGGACAACCUGUGGAGCUACGUAAUAGAGACGGGAGCGUUGCGGCGCCUCUCAGAAAUUGACAAUUCCAUCGUGGUCGCUUGCAUCGCUAAACGCUUCACUGGUGGCCUAGCGGUCCAGUACAGAAGUCAGCUUGUUAAAUAUAAGUACAUCCACGGAAGGAUGCCUGGCUUGACUUGGCUAAGGAAGUUCAUAGCAAUGGAGGUGGAGAUGUUAAGAGAGAAGGACGAGGAUCCCAGCUGCUCGUAUUCCAGCAGAAGCACAGCGGAGCUGACGCGAGAGAGGAGUACGUCUUCACGCAGACAAGCAGCUCAGCUGGCGACGGCACGCACAGGAAAACCAAAGGCUCUGGUUGAAGUGGGGCAGCAAAGUAACACAGCCAGGCCCAAGUGCUUUGUAUGCUUCAACAGCGAUCAAGUGAUGCCGCAUCUACUGGACGAGUGUGAUGCAUUCAAGAGAAUGUCAGUGCAGACGCGAAGACACUGGGUGCAAACGUUACGCCUGUGCGUCAACUGUCUCAAGGCAAACCACACAGCUGACGAGUGCAGAGCACACACCCAGUGUGACAUUCCCGGGUGCGGCGAGAACCACUCACAUUGGCUGCAUCUUGACGGAACAGAUAACCUGUGGCAGGCGCCGGUGAAGAUGGAGGCUCCUCAGCAAACUGAUGACCUUCGCAAUGUGGUAAAGCGAAGGCGAGAGCAAAAAGUCACUGAAGAAUCAGGAAGGUCUGAAACAUACUUCAAACGAAGGAGAUCGGAAAGGAUUGCCCAACAACAAGAAAAGUACAGGCAGCUCUACCAGUAGUCAAGGCUGCGGCAGGCAAGACUCCCGGCAGUGUGGGUGCACACAGUGGUACUCUUCCCCCACCCCCAUUCAUAAAGGACCUUGUAACUAACUGCACAAAUGUUGUGUCAUUGCAUAUUGUAGAAACUGAGUCAUUGCUCUAUAAUGGUGACUAACAGUGCGCUACGCAACGUCCAUGUGACUGUGGCGUGAAGUGUUCUGUCGUGUGGUAGCCCUACCAAGCUGAAGAAGACAGACGAAACAAGAAAGACAGAUGAAUGAGAGCAAGGGGGAAAAAAACACGAGAAGAAAGAGGGAAUGGAGAAAAUAGGAAUAUCCAGUACCAACACGGCUGUUCUAUUCUGAAAUGCUGGAUAAGAAAGGACAGCAGGGCCAGGCAGACGACAAGCAGACAUGACCCAAGCGGAAAAAAAGGUUGUAAACACAAGUGACCGUGGACGAGGGGACCUAGACAAGGUCUGUGUGCGACGGAGACAAAAAAAAAGAUACUGAACAGAGAAAGGCAAACGCAGCAGCAAUGGGAAAAAAAAAAAAUAGCAAGCGAGAGGAAAAUAAGGUGACCCACGGAAACACACUGGUGCCUACAUCCACCCACCGCUCACUCCGCCCUGGUACCCUAAACCCCGCACUGGUACCAUUAUUGGGCAAGGUUACAGACAACAGUACACCAAGAGGCGGAUCAUGUGUAUGAAUCGUAUUACUGUAUGUGUAAAAAGGGAAAUCUAAUGGAAUUUGAACCCUCACCCUUUCACUGAUAUCUGACAUGUUUUCUUAAUCACAAACUACUCUGAAGCAUUUAUUUUUUUUCAACAACUACCUCUGAGCAUAUUAAUGGCUAGACAUUGAACAAUCUACUUCUUUUCAUGCCCUUUUUUUUUCCAUGUAGAUACUCUAAAAGAUACAAUACAUUGCCUUUAGUGUUAUCAAUUGUUCCAUUUUGCAGUGAAAGAGUAAACAUUCAGAUAACGUUUUGAGGGAAGAACGUGCAAUACAGAAUUGUUCCAUUUUGCAGUGAAAGAGUAAACAUUCAGAUAACGUUUUGAGGGAAGAACGUGCAAUACAGUGGGGUGUGUUAGGUCAUGUAACAGGGAGAGCAGCGAGCAGAGAGAGAGAGGUGCCAGAGGUGCCAGCCCUGAGAGGAGAGUGAGGUGACAAGCACAUCCUGAUACCCCUAAGUGCAGCUUAACAAUUGUGAUGCAGUCUCAACAAUUACUACGUCAGGAAGGUGAAAAGCAGGAAGAAUCAUAGAAUGUUUUAGUAUUAUUAGGGUGUUUAAAUUAUAAGAUUUUUUUUCCUUGUGUACUUUUGUGCAAUUUCUUGACAUGAAUGCUAAGUGCUGAAUUCCUCUCUCAUAAAAUAUAGGUACCAAUGUGAAUUAAUUUGCUGGAAAGUCAUUUACAAUUUGCUUGUGGGGAAUACCCGGAGAUUAUAACUGUACUUAAUUUUAAUUAAGUAAAAGUAGAAAUUUA